AUGUCACUGUGGCCCUCCAGCCAAAAUUUAUUCGGUGAUGAAGUGGUUUUACGAUCUAUAGAUUGGCUUGAAAACUUCCCGUGGCGUAAUGAGAGUUCUGUGAGCGCAGAAAGAGAUAAAUUUGAAAUUCACAUGAGUUUGCAUGAUUUUAAACCUGAAGAAAUAUCUAUUAAGACGGCGGAUGGUUAUAUUAUAGUUAAAGGGCAACAUGAAGAAAAACAGGACGAGUACGGGUUUGUUUCGAGGCAAUUUGUACGCCGGUAUGCAUUACCCGAAGGAUGUCUUCCAGAAAGUGUUGAAUCAAAGAUCUCUCCGAAUGGAUUACUUACAAUUACAGCAACGAGACAGCCUGUUAUCAAACGUGAUAUUGUUAUACCAGUCUCCCACGAGGGUUCUAAUAAUCUUAAAUCAAAAUUGUAA